UAUGUCGGCGCCCCCCCCCUGGCCGACCUGUCUCGGCUCUAUCAGACGGAGUUUGUGCGCAGUGUCCGGGCGGUGGGCGUCCUGUGGGCGGUGUGCUCGCUCUGCUUCGCCAUCCUGCAGGUGGUGGUGCUGGUGCAGCCGGCCUGGGUCGGCACCAGGGGGUCCGUCCACCUGGGGGUGGGGCCAGCCCCGCCCAGCGGCACCCUAGGACUGUUUGAGGUGUGUGUGGAGUUGGACUGGCCGGUCCCCGAGUGUCGAGGGGGUCUCUCUAGUCUGUCCCCGCUGCCCUCCUUCCAGUCCGUGGCGGUUCUGGUGGGAGUUUCUCUCUGGGCGGUCUGGACCAGCAUCCUGAGCCUCAGCCUCUUUAGGUUCUGCAGCGCCGCCACCGUGUACAAGAUCUGCGCCUGGCUGCAGCUAACCGCAGGAUUCUGUCUGGCGUUGGCCUGUCUUCUGUUUCCAGACUCAUGGGAGAGUCCAGAGAUGAGAGCUCUGUGUGGAGACUCUGUGGGCAGCUUCUCCCCAGGUAAUUGCUCCGUUCACUGGGCUUACAUUCUGGCUCUGCUGGGUAUACUGGACGCGGCCAUCCUGGCCACGCUGGCCUUCGUCCUCGCCAACAGACAGGACGCCCUGCUGCCGCCGGACUCCAAGGACGUGACCACAGGUCUGCUGAUGUCAGCGUAGAAGAAGACCUCCUCCUUCUGAUGCCAAACAGCAGCUCCAUCUUAACCUAACAUGCUAGAGAGGAAAUUUACCAAAUGUAUUAUUUCUCUUGUAAAUCCGGAAAUCCCCCCCUCCUGCGCUCUGUGUAUUUUAAUACCCUAGAGCCCUCAUACCCCCCUCCUACAUGUGAGUUUACUGCAAUAUGAUCUGGUUAUUAAAGUGUUAGAUCCCUUUUAUAUUCUGUUUGUCUUGUAGUUCUGAGCCAGGAGAGAUCUGGGUUAUCUGUCAACACGUUUCUUAAAAUCAUCUGUGGGUUUAAAACAUGUCAACAUGAAAUCUAAAAGAAGCCGUCUGAGAUUGUACUUAAACCCUCCUUUCAUCUCUGUUUCGCUUAGCUUAGCAUCAUGGCAUCAUCAACGCCAUCUGUUGUCUUUUGUUGGCUUUAUUUAGCUAAGAGUUAGCAUAUGAGUCUAGAUAGCUUCUGGGAUAGGUUAGCAUAGAGUUAGCCUUUAGCUUUUUUUUUAAAGUUAUUUUUUGGGGGCUUUUUGCCUUUAAUCGGAUAGGAGAGGGACAGGAAAGUGGGAGAGAGUCGGGGUGGGAUCCGGAAAGGACCACGGGUCGGGAAUCGAACCCGGGUCUCCGGCGUACAGUGCAGGUACCCCAGCCAGUUGCGCCACGGCCAGGGCCAGCCUUUAGCUUUUGACCCCUGGCUCUAGUCAAAUCAAACAAACUUCAGGGUUUAUGGGAGAUUAACUUAAAGCUAACAAACCUCCAGUAUUCAUCCAAGCUAGGCUAAAGUUACUCACUGACUCCAGUCUUUGAGUUAAGCUGCUAACCAGAGAGGUGUAUCUGAAACUUCAGGAUUAUCUAGAAGUUCAGCUUCAUGUCAGCACAGCGUGACCCUGGCUGAUCAGCUGUUUGUUAGCUAGCGUUGCCUGUGUUUGAGCUAUCCCUGUGUAGAACAUAGCCCUUCUCCCAAUCUGCAUUUACACAUUUCUAAUUGUUUGAUUAAAUGUAACAGUGACGUUUGCUCCGGUGAACAUUUUGAUAAAGUCUUUAAAAUAUGAAUGUUUGUUUACAGAAAGCAUCGAGCAUGUUGUCAGACUGAACAGUGUGUAAUUCACAUCAAUAAACACAUUAUAGAUUUCAAA